AUGCGGGAGCGGUUUCCUCGUCAUCCUCUGCGCAUAUUCUGCCCACACGACAACCAAAACCACACUGAUCUCUCCGACAUAGUGGCGCAGAAUCGUAUGCGCAUCGCCGGACUGUGGAUCGACGCUGAUACAGAUGCUGGUAUUCUAUCCGCUUUGGACGCAUUUCAAGGGUGUGCGCCCGAGCUACAUACGCUUUAUAUCCAGCUAUCCGCAUGGAUCUCUCCCGCCAAAACCGCCGCGAUCGAAGCUCGUCUCGCCGAGCUGAGCGCACCUCUUAUCCAGUACUUGAGGGUGGAUUCCGCUGCUACCCGUUGUCUAUGGAACUCGCAGAUCAUACGGGCUUCAAAUUUGCGCCAUCUCUCCAUUUGUGGUUUCGAGGAAGUCCCUGAUAGCGAGUCGGACGAUAGCGGAUCAGCCCAAUCGGAAGACAAGCCUGACCUUCGAGAGGUCCUGGACGUUCUCGUACAUUUGGAAUCAUUGGAAGUCUUGUGUUUGGUGUAUUGCUCGCCGCCUACGCAUCAAUUGUUUGUCGCUGAGAGGCGGCCGUGUCCGCGAUCGCUGCAGGAACUCGUGGUUUGGGGAAGCGCCUGCGACAGCAUCAACAUCUUGCAGAACCUGGAACUCACGCAGCCACUCGGACGAGUGGUGCUGUGUAACACCGUCUGCGGAGACUGCGUCGAUUUCACUCUGGCCCUAUUGCAACUUGUCGAAAAACGCUGCGUGCUUCCGCGGGACGUGACCUUGGAGGCCGAACAGCCAGAGGAGGAGAAAUGGAAUAUAGAAUUGGCGCUGGAGUUCGGACGCUCUCCUUCGACGCCUACAUCCGUCGGCUGGAGUUUCCCAGUCGGUAUAUCAUUUCAAACCGAGGACGAGGCAGAAGCGCCACUCGUCCUUCAGGACAUCAUACAGAUGCUGCGUACAUCGCGCAUCACCUCCCUCGCGCUCAAGGGGCAGCUAAACAGCCCGAAUGCGUUCAGAAACAGUAGGGGAGAACUUCCAGGAAACUGGCCAUCGCAAGAGAUAUCUGUGGGGUGUUCCUGGGCCUUCAUUUCUUUGAUGAAGUCUUUCUUGCGUGCGACGAGCAUCCUGUCUCGAUACAGUGCCGUGCUCCCCAACGUCACAUCGUUGGAAUUCGCGGAUAUCGACUUUCUCAUGCGCCCCAGAUCGAGGACCGGGCAGCCCUGGUUCGAGGUCUUGCGGUCCGGGGUGGAAUGGUUGUGGAGGAGAAGGAGCGAGGAUGGACGACCCAUUUUACGACGGGUGAUGUUUCGGAGAUGCACAGGAUUUUCUGAGGAGGACUUGGAGGUGCUGCGAAGUAUGGUCCCUGGCGUGCAUGUGUUGACUAUGAAUGAUCUGACUCCGCCCGUCACGAUCCCGCCCGGCAAUGAUUCGGAGUGA